ACACUCCAAUUUGGAGAAGCAAACAGUUAGAUUGAUAACUCGAUCAACUCAACUCAGUUCCUCCCAACCUCAACUCGGUAGCCAAAAAAUGGCUGCUUUACACACCAUUUCUCCUCGCAGUCUCCUUCCUCUUUCAAAACCCAAAAAGACCAUUUCAAAAAACCUGCAAAACCCGCAGUUUCUAUCCCCAAAAUUGCCAAAGAGCCAAGCUUUCUCUAGAAACAUUCCGAGCUGGCACUUGAAUUCUGUUUUCCAAGAAGAGUUUGAUGUUAUUCCAGUACAAAGUGGUGACAGUGUAGACCAGCAAGAAGGGAUGGUAGCGAAUCAAGUAGAGAGAGAAGGGACCGAGUUGGCUCCUCAGGUGAGUGGGUUUGGGGGGAGUGAAGGGCAGCUCUCUUUUGAAGGAUUCUCUUCAGCUUCAAGUUCUGGUCUUGAUGGAGAGAGUAGAGAGAGGGAAUUGGAGUCCGAUAGGUUAAUUGAUAGGACCAUCAAUGCAACGAUUGUUCUUGCUGCUGGUACUUAUGCUAUUACCAAGUUGCUCACAAUUGACCAUGAUUACUGGCACGGGUGGACACUCUUUGAAAUAUUAAGAUAUGCACCUCAACACAACUGGUCUGCUUAUGAGGAAGCUCUAAAGACAAACCCAGUUUUAGCGAAAAUGAUGAUUAGUGGUGUGGUCUACUCCGUUGGGGAUUGGAUUGCACAGUGCUAUGAAGGUAAACCAAUUUUUGAGUUUGACCGCACAAGAAUGUUUAGAUCAGGCGUUGUUGGCUUUACAUUACACGGCUCCCUUUCACAUUACUAUUACCAGUUUUGCGAGGAGCUUUUUCCAUUCCAAGAUUGGUGGGUGGUUCCUGUCAAAGUGGCCUUCGACCAAACUUUGUGGGCAGCAGCUUGGAACAGCAUUUAUUUCACAGUGUUGGGAUUCUUGCGUCUGGAAUCGCCCGCCAGCAUUUUCAGUGAACUGACAGCUACAUUUUGGCCGAUGCUUACAGCAGGAUGGAAGCUUUGGCCAUUUGCUCAUCUUAUUACAUAUGGUGUGGUUCCUGUGGAACAAAGACUCCUUUGGGUGGAUUGUGUAGAACUCAUCUGGGUGACCAUACUGUCCACUUAUUCAAACGAGAAAUCAGAAGCACGAAUAUCAGAGGCAACAGUAGAAGCUUCUUCCAGUUCUCUGUCCAUAGGUUCCCCUGAGGAGUAGAUGAAGUGCAAAAAAUCACGAGCAAUAUAGAAAACGGAUAGUUGCUCAGCUCAAUGCUGUCAUGAGGGCUUUGACAGAGGAGACCACAGCGUGACCCCAUAUCUUGAUGCAAGAAUAGCAAUGCCGAAAGUUGCUGGACAGACUGGCUAUCGUAUAUACCCCACGCAUCUUGCAACCUUGCGUAUUUAUGUUUAUUGAUGAUUAUUAUACUCUUCUUGAGAUACUUCCUAACAGCUGUAAAAAUCAUAGUAAUGGAAAGUUUCCAUGAAACAUAGAAGAA